AUGGUACUUUGUGGCGUCAUGUGCGUAAACCCAGUCAAGAAUACUGGUUGUGAUUACAACUCUCUCGUAGUGAAUUCCACAACCAGUUUCUCGUUGACCGUGAACGAUGAUCGUCAUAUUGGCAGUAUAUCUGUAGAUAUGAGAGCACGCGUUACAUUCUCAGUGAUUUUGUUGUUGCUGGCUGUACUAUCGUCAUUGUUUGCAUGCGAUGUACCUUAUGGUCCGAAUAGUCCACACCUAUCCUCUAGAAUGGAAGUUUUAUCUACUUCAUAUCCAAAUGGUUCACUUGUUCAAGAGGAAAAUAGUUACAUUUUUUGUUAUGUGGAACCUCUAAAUAGUACACAUUACAUUAUUAAUGUAGAAACAGACGAAAAUGGUAUUCUAACUAAUCGGACUAAUAUUCAUCAGUAUAAGAGUAUUGUAGACACGACAAACAAGAAUACACCAUCCACUACAAAUUUUAUAAAUAUUAUACAACAAUUGCCCAGAAAUGGUUCACUAGAUCGGAGCAAUAGUUAUUACAAUGCUAGUCAAGAGACAAGUAGCUCACCAAAUCGAAACAAUGAAUAUUAUAAUGUUCAAGAAACAUUUCAAAAUAGCUUCGAAAUAGAACGGAGCAAUAGUUACUACAGUGUUCGUCAGAAGCGUCAAGAGACAUCACAAAAUGAUUCACCUAAUUCUAUAUCUGCAUGCAAUAUACCCGAUGGGCCAAAUAGUCCACAUCUCUCCUCUAGAAUGAGAGCUUUUUCUACUCCAGCUUAUUUAAAUGGUUCACUUGUCCAAAAAAAAAAUAAUUAUUACAUUAUUUGUCAUGUGGAGCGUCUGAACAGUACACAUUAUAUUAUUCAUCUAGAAACAGACAAAGAUGGUACCCCAACUAAUCUGACUAAUAUUUAUCCAUAUGGAAGUAUUUUAGGCACAAUAAACAGACCAUCUACUACAAAUUCCGUAAACAUACAAGAUGGGUCCAAAAAUGGCACUCCGACUCUGUCUAGUCAUACUGAAAAUACAGAAGCAAAUGGGCCAUCAAAUUCACGCUAUUGUUUUUUGCCUGAACAACCGGAAGGUGGACGUUAUGAUCUGGCUGAUUGCGAUAAACCUUGUAAUAAACAUUUUAAUAACAUAGUUCCUGAAUUUAGCGUUCUCACUUAUACUUGUAAAGACAACCAUAUAUUAAUUGGAAAUACCAUAUCGAUUUGCAUCGAUCGGAAAUGGAUUACACCGCCUUCAUGCCACAGAAUCUGUGAACCGUUGAGAAGCACAAGCGUAGACAUUUCUUGCAGUUAUCGAGGGGAAACGGUGUCUUGCCUCAAGCAUGUAUUGGCUGGUACAAAAGCUAUGCUCGCUUGUAAACCAUCUUAUUUAUUACCUGUAACGUACGAUCCGGCUUAUAGGGAGAUCUCAUGUCUCAAUGAUGGUUUAUGGGAUAAUCACGUUUUUCGCUGUUUGCCAGAAUGCGGGACAUCUAUCACACACGGUAGCACUUUAGUCGUACAUGGAUUCAAUGCGACAAUAGGAGUAUUUCCUUGGCAUGUUGGUAUUUACUUGAAGAAGAAUGCGAACGAAUAUGAACAGAUAUGCGGUGGCACUCUCAUUAGUAGCAAUCUUGUCAUAUCGGCGGCUCAUUGUUUUUACGAUGAUGGUUUCAACAAAAUUAAUCCAGUAACCAAAUAUGCCGUGGGCGCUGGUAAAUAUUAUCGUGAUUGGGAUGCUAAAGAAGAUUACGCUCAGAAGUCGUCGAUAGAAAGUAUUCGAAUAGGCAAUAGAUAUUUAGGCUUCAGGAAUAAUUUCGCUGAUGACAUAGCUUUGUUGAAACUGGACAUAUCUUUUCAAUUGAGUACCUUAGUAAGGCCUAUCUGCAUAGAUUGGAGCAGCCAAUAUCAGAGAGAGCAGCUGCAACAGGGACAAGUUGGGAAGGUUGUCGGCUGGGGUAAAAACAUUAACGGUGAAUCCAGCGAAAUUUUACAGGAAAUUAAUAUGCCAUAUAUACCAUAUCAUCAGUGUUUGGCUGAGGUGCCUGUAAGUUUCCAAGGAUUCAUCACACACGACAAAUUUUGUGCUGGCUAUUUGAACGGUUCGAGUGUUUGCGAUGGAGAUAGUGGCGGCGGUAUAUGCUUUGAGAAAAACGGUAUUUGGUAUCUUCGUGGUAUCGUCAGUGUAAGUCCUAACAAGAGGGGUUCCUGCGAUUACAAUACGUACGUUGGCUUUACCAGUAUUCAAAAUUCCCUUACAUGGCUUCGUCACGCUUACGUAAAUAUUAUCUUAUUCUUAAUCUUAUAUUUACCUUUUUCAUGCAUAUUCAUAGCGGCUCAUUGUUUUUACGAUGAGAGUUUCCACAAAAUUAAUAAUAUGUCCAAUUAUGCUGUGGGUGCUGGUAAAUAUUAUCGCGAUUGGGAUGUUAAAGAAGAUUACGCUCAGAAGUCGUCGGUAAAAAGUAUCGAAAACGGCAAUAGAUACUUAGGUUACGGGAAUUAUUACGUUGAUGACUUAGCUCUGUUGAAGCUGGAAACACCUUUUCAGUUGACUACCUUAGUGAGACCUGUCUGCGUGGAUUGGAGUAACCUGUACGAGAGAGAGCAACUGCAAAAGGGACAAUUUGGCAAGGUUGUCGGUUGGGGUAAAGACAUUACUGGUGAAUCCACGAACAAUUUGCAAGAAAUUAAAUUGCCAUAUGUACCAUAUCAGCAAUGUUUCUCUGAAGUACCUGUAAGUUUUCGAGGAUUCCUCACAUACGACAAAUUCUGUGCUGGCUAUUUGAAUGGUUCAAGUGUUUGCGAUGGUGAUAGUGGCGGCGGUUUAUGCUUCGAGAAAAACGGUAUUUGGUAUCUUCGUGGUGUCAUUAGCGUAAGUCCUAACAAAGAGGGUAUUUGUGAUUACAAUUCAUACGUUGGAUUUACCCGUAUCAGUAAUUCUCUUGAAUGGAUUCGUGAAGCUUAUUCAAAUAAGUAAAUGUUAUGUGAAAUGUAAGUUGUCAAACUAAAAGAAUAUAUUGCGUACAUUGUCGAUCUAAUUAGAAGUGAAUGGAGUAUAAAGCAAGUAAUAAUAUGUAUAAUAUUGCGGAAAUUGUACUUUGUUUAUUCAAAGGAUAUAC